UCAGGAGAAACCAGUUCUGCGGACAGUCAGGGUACACUGCAGCACGCUCAGCUCUGUCCAUGCGCAACCUGGAGAAGAGAUGGAUAAUCCACAAGAGGACCAGAUGACAGUCACUGCCGCCAGUGAAAUCCUGCUCCAUGUCAAGGGUCAACUUACACGUAUGAACAACACCGAACCAGGAGACAGUGACAGUGUAAAUGUUCGAGCGGUUAUCAUUGCUGUGUGCUUGCUGAUCCUGGCUGGAAUCUUGUUGACCAUGAUCUUAGUCCAGUACUACAGACAUGGGCGCUGCUUUCAAAAACCCAAACUGUUCUUCAGCCAAAAUGUUCUCAGAGACUUGAAAUCUAUCCAGUUGGAGUUUGAUCCACCAUUUACCAUCAGUGGGAUGAUGAAGACUAGAGGAAAUCUAAGCUCAAACCAGGAGUUCCAGUAUCAGAACAUGAGGACUCGAGAUGAGGAUUUGUACCCUGCUGUUGAUGAGCAACAUUAAAGAGGCUGUGAAAGAGAUGUGACCUCAUCAUCGCCAGGGACUUUUGUGACAAAACCAAGUAAAAGCUUGCAUUUAUUGCUUUUUCUUUGGUGCUGGGCUGUGGUAGUGGGGAAGUAAACUUACUGAUUGCUCUCAGGAAAAUCUGAGCUUUUGUUACUUGUGAUUUGUUUAGCAAUACACUGAGUGCAGAUACGUCUGGUCCAAACCAAAUGUGCAAUAACCCAAUAAUAAGAUCAUCGUGAGAGAGAAGUGGAAAUGACUCAGCUAACUACAGAAGAACUCUUGUAUUUAUUUAGUGCCUUAUGCAACCUCUCGAUGUCACAGAGCAUGUUACAGCCAAAGAUAUGGCUUUUUUCAAAGUGUACUCACUGUUGAAACGUUAAAAAAAAACCCUGCAGUCAAUUCACACACAGGAAAAUCCCAGAAAAAUUGAUGAAUUAAUAGUCAUAUGUUUUGAUUUAGUGACAUUUGAUGACUCAUGACCUUAAGACAUCUCCUUCCCAAUCAUCCUAAACUCCAGAUCCACAGGCCUAAUCUGUCAAGGAGGGAAUUGAGAAUUCAGUCCAUCAGGAGGGAAUUGAAUAUUAGUGGUUAUUCCGGACAGCCACUUGGUGGAUUGGGUGCCCCACCUUGCUGGCAUUGCUUGGCUCUUUGGCGUUCUCUGCAUUUCCAAUGCACCCACAUCAGGCAGGAUGCAAAAGGUUUUCGGGAAUGUGGAGUGAGCACCAAGGAUUGGCAGGGUUGGGCUUCAGUUCAUUGGAAAAGCUGAGAUCAUCCUUCUUAAACCAAUGAAGGUUAAAAGGGACCUUUACGGAUGUGUUUGAAAUCAAGAAUUUGAUUGCAGGAAAGGUAGAGCUGUGCAGCAUUCUAGGCUUCAUUCAUCGAGGCACAGAAAGGGGGAGGUUACGGUGAACUGGGUGGCACAGUGGCUUAUUGGUUAGCACUGCUCCCUCGCAGCACUGAGGUCCUGGGUUCGAUUCCUGCCUAUCGUGUGGAGUUUGCACAUGCUCCCUGUUUCGGUGUGGGUUUGCUCCGGUUUCCUCCCACAGUCCAAAGAUAUGCAGGUCAGGUGAAUUGGCCAUGCUAAAUUGCCCGUAGUGUUAGGUGCGUUAGUCAGGGGUAGGGGAGUGGGUUUCUCUUCAGACGGGCGGUUUAGACUUGUUGGGCCGAAAGGCCUGUUUCCACACUAUGGAGAAUCUAAUUUAAUCUAAGACAUCUCAAAGUGUUUCAUUGCAGUCAAUGACAUACGGCUUGAGCCGUGGUCACUAUUGCGGGAAACGUGCAGCAACUGACACACAGCCAGAAAUAUUGACCAAGUAUUCCAAUUUUAAAAAUCACUUUAGUUGAGAUAUAAAUAUUGAUAAAGACACCAGGGAGAAUUCAUCUGAUCUUCUCUGAAAUAAUAAGCCAGAAGUCUUUUAAAGAGUACAACUUAAGAAGUGCUUGAUGGGGGCAAUGUAGAUGAAGUUUAAUUCUGUAUCUAAUCCUGUGCUGACUCUGUCCUGAGAGUAUUUGAUGGGGACAAUGUAGAGGGAGCUUUACUCUCAUUCUAACCCCUUGCUGUCCUAGUCUUGGAAGUGUUUAGUGAUAAUAGUUAGAGGGAGUUUUACUCUGUAUUUAACCAUGUACUGUCCCUUUCCUGGCGAUUUUUGAUGAGAAGAGUGUAGAGAGUGCUUUACUCUGUAUCUAGCCCCAUGCUGUCCCUGUUCUGGGAGUGUUUGAUGCUCUUUAUGGUUGUUUGAGUGGUAAAGUAGUCCCUCUCCAGACAUUGAUGGCCUUGCCUUUUGCAGUUGAACAAAGGAACCCAUUACAUUUUAAGAAGCUCUGUGAUACUAUUGUUUUUUUCUUUAGUUAUUGCAAUGCUGUGAAGAGUCCAAGACUCAUUUCUUGUAU